GCUCCCGGGGAGCGCGAGGCAGCCAGAGCGAGUAGGGACGGCGGACGGAGACAACCGAGGAGCUCAGACUCACCGGAGCCAUGGAGAGAACAGCCCCGCUCGGCAGGACUUUACCCUCGAACGGACUGCGACUUUUAACGUCCCUGCUCACCUUGUUCGGACUUACCGCAGGUGUGAGCAGUAACCAGGUGGUUGUUCCUGACAAAGUGAAUGCAGUGCUGGGGAAGAACAUCACACUGAGCUGCAGAAUAGAAGUGGGCUCCAACCUCAGUCUCACACAGAGCUCCUGGGAACGGCAUCUGCCUUCAGGCACCAUUACCCUGGCAGUGUUCAAUCCCGAGUUUGGAACCUCAUAUUCUCAAGAAUAUGGCAAGCGCAUCUCAUUUGUCUCCCCUUCAGUACGAGAUGCCACCAUUACCCUUGAAGGAGUUGGCUUUGCGGAUAUUGGCUCCUACACCUGCAAAGUGGCAACAUUUCCUCUGGGCAAUACACAAGCGUCAACCUUCGUUAAUAUAUUAGUGGAGCCGAAGGUGUAUGUGUCUGCUGGCCCCGCGGCUCUGCUGGACGGUGGGAACGAGUCGUUGGUGGCCACCUGCAUCGCAGAGCGUGGACGUCCCGCCGCUGAGGUUUUCUGGGAGACGGAGUUGUACGGGCGAACCGAAAAACAAAGUCAGGAUGAGCCCAACGGUACCACCACCGUACAUGUACGCUACAUGUGGCCACCGCAGAGCUAUGCCCAGGGGAAGACGCUCACCUGCGUUGUGCGCCAUCCGGCCCUGCAGACAGAGUUUCGCAUCCCCUACACACUAAAUGUUCAGUUUGCACCAACGGUUUCAAUAGCAGGAAUUGCCAAAAAUUGGUAUGUGGGUCAAGCAAACGUGAAAUUCACCUGUGGAGCCACAGCCAACCCACCUGCCCGUCACUUCACAUGGAUCAGGUUGGAUGGAUUGAUGCCAGAGGGUGUUGAGGUCUCAAACAAUACCCUUGCUUUCACUCGUCCAUUGGAGCGCAAUGACUCUGCAAUCUAUCGCUGUGAAGUGAUGAAUGACAUCGGUCUGCGCAGCCAGGAUGUGAACAUCUGGGUACAAGAUCCUCCCCCCACCACUGCAGCCCCCAGCACCACCACCUCCCUCCACCACGACACCUCUGGAACCGGCACUGCUGAGGACCAGCAAAGAGCCCUGUUCACCUCCCCGACGCUGGCCUCUUUACCCGACAGCAGCCUGGGAACCAUCGUCGGCGGGAUAGUGGGCGGAGUUCUUUUCCUGAUUCUCUUGCUGAUCCUCGGUGGGGCUUGUUACAUGCGCCAGCGCAGAACCUUCAGAGGGGACUACUACACCAAACAGUACCUGGGACCCUCCGACAUGCAGAAGGAGUCUCAGCUGGAUGUGCUGCAGCCUCAUGAGCUGCAGGAAGUCUACGGGGACAAGACGAGCAAAGGCAGCCACGAGCUGAAACCCAAACUGGGUGGAGACAUCAUUUACCCCGACUACACCCCUGAACGCAAGGACAGGGACAACUGGGCCGACAGGGGGGACAACCACAGGGGCCUUAAGGAGGGAAACUACUACCCAGAUCACUACAACACCCAAAACAUGCACCCCUGUGGGCCUCCUGUGCACAGCACCAUAGUGAACAACGGCUCCCCCUACCUCCCGGAGGACUGCUAUGACAAUGGUACAGACAGCGACUAUGUGUCCCACAUGGACGGAUCUGUGAUUUCACGCAGGGAGUGGUAUGUCUGAGCAAAGAAGCAACCGACAGAAAUGGACAACUGACUGACAGACUGAGAAUAAUUUAACAAAUGACAGCUAUGAAUAUCAUUGAAGGUUGUGUCAUUUCAGUUAAAGGAUAAAUAGAAAUUCUCAGCGCAGUCUCACAGUGAGCUCGUUGAACAAUACUGCUCUGCCUUGAUUGUAACCACUUAACCUUACGGACGUGUACGUGGAUUGUAUUACACUUUUGUAGCAUUUCAAGGAGCUACAAAUAAGCUGGAGUGUCUCACUGAUAUUAUCUUUGUAGGUUCAAGAGGCUUUGGCAUACAGUGAUGUUUCAACUGAUGUGAAUGAGGUUUUGUUUUCUGCUCAUUUGUGUUUGCACCUGUCUUUGUCACAGGUCACAGGUCAGUUGCUCAGACCCUUGUUAGUGACGUAUUUAUAUCCCUGACCGACUGAGCUCUGCUCCCAUAAAACCUCACAACUUCUGUGGCAUUUUGAAAAUGCUCUCUUGAUUGCUUUACGGCAUUUUCAUACAAGUGAGAUGUUUAUCAUGGCUGCAACCAGUAUUUAAAGCGAAUUAUACUGCAUGCUUUUUUAAGACAAAGUAUCCUUAAGUGAAAGGGAAAGUCGCACAGUUAAAAGGGAGAAUCACAUUGGCGUUUUACCAAGGGAAAAGCAAGCCGACUGAUGGAAGUACAUGACAUAAAAACACUGCCCUGCUUAAACUUUUCGGUACACUUCUUCUGUGGCUUUUGCAAGCUCGCAGAGUCUCCUGUAAAUUAGCCAUGAAAUAGUAAACCUGCCACCUGAGAGAAGACGCUCCCUGUCGAAUUACUUUUAUCUUCAGCUUCACUUCAACUUCACUUACACAAUAUUUUACAGAGUCCUCUGUUCCCAAAGCUGGAACUGCAAGUGUGUGGUUUUGCAUUUGCAGCAGUAAUUUUGUCAUAAACGUGCAAAGCGGAAAUGUCAAAUCUGUUUACAGUGCAACCGAACAAAUUCAGGUUGUUUUGAUAAAUAAUUCAGUGAAAAAUUACAGCAACCGUGAUCUGAUUUAACUGUAAGACACAAUAAAAUAUUUUGCCUUACUAAAGCUAGCAGCUUGUCGUCGGCAGCUUUUUGUCUAAAAAUGGCUGCUGCUUAUCAUUAUAUUGAUGCGCUGAUGAAAAAAAUUCUGAAAAUUACCAGAUUUUUUCUGAACUGUUGCAGUCACCGCUAACAGACAGCCAAUGUUUUGUGAGACAGAUGCAUUUAAUGUGAAAAACCAACACUGGAAGAUGUUUGUUUUGCCUAAAUUCAUACAGUCCUGACAGUGUAAAGAAGCAAACAAUAAGCAGUGGCUGAUAAAAUCACGCUGGAUUACAUGCAUGUAUCAUUUUACCUUCAAAUCCCUCGAUUUUAGGUAGUAAGAUCUAAAUCCAGCACAGUGACUGUCCUAAAGUCUACCACUACCAAUAAAAACUACUAUCCUGAGAGAUAAUUGCUGAAUGUAAAUACUUCUGCUGACCCUAACUAGAAUAAAAAAUGUGGUUUAACAAUAACUUUCCACCAAAUCCACCAUUAUCAGUAUUGAAAUGUGUGAAUUCAGUCAGAGUAAAGCAAUGAAAAAGCACAACUCUGUUAUUACAGUUGUCAGUAAACAUCAAAAGAAGCUUGCCAGGCCUCGGCCUUCUCCACUUAUCCAUGAUAACAGGCUGCGUUGCUGUCUUUUCCAUUUUCCCUUCUCAAUAUCCCCUGAUUUCUGUCUGCAAGACCAACACCAAUUGGUCAUUAUAGGUUUUUUUAACGUGGGAUCAAAGUGACGUGUUAUAAAUACCAGAUGUGACUCUAACAGCUGUCAUCAUCUGACAUUAUGUGGCUCCAUAAACCACCAACAGUUUUGCUGCUCCCGCUCGACGCGCCGCCGUCCUCAUUCACAACUGUAAAUAAGCAAAAAAUAGAGAAAGGAAUAAUAAUAAACCGAUCCUUCAGCUUUAGUUUGUGUGUGUUUGUUUGAAGUCUGAUUAUUCGAAUGUGCUUGGAAAUGGCGCGAGCAGCUGACGUCACCACUGAGCAAGCUUUAAUGUUGGGGUUUGGCUCUGCUGAGGAUAUACAGCGAUCAUGGAAACAAGAAACUUAAUCCACGAGUGAAAAAAUCAGAACCAUGUAGGUUAGAGCUGUCUGUGAAAUGGCUCCCCAAGGGAGGCGUAUUUCUUUCUUUUCCUUACAAACAACAAAUCCAGUGACAUUAAGUUGAAACAAAGGAGUUGACAUCAUCAGUGAUCUCAUUUCUCCCAGUUUCAUUUGACCUUGAGCUCUCCCACUUUUCUUUUUUUUUUUUGUUUGUUUCCUCAGGAAUGAUUCAUGGAUCAAAGUGGCCUCUGUUAAGCCUCGCUUGAAAGGGAAACUUACCCUUUUUGGAAACUUUUUUACUCAAUCAGGACCAUAUAUGUGUGUUACAGUCAGAGCAGGUCAAGUGUAUUUUGAGGUCUUCUUAAUUAUCAGGGGGGUUUUAUAGAUUUUGGGUGCACAUUCUCGCCCUGUUUUAUUUUUUUUAACCCUUCUCCACCCAUAUUUUUUCAUGCCAGGCCUUUGGUGGAAGGUUUGGAUGUCUGAGAAUAAACUUCUUUAAUCUCUUUUAGCUCACUCUCACUCUCAUCGCCGCACACACGCAGCCCAACGCCACACAUCUGCCACUGCUGCCCACAUUCAAAGCGCAGUCCUCACCUCAAACCUCCAGCUUUUUAAUUAACGUUUUUAUUUUUUUUUUCCCUUCUCGUCACACUUGGCAACAAGAAGUGCUCCAGCUCUGUGAUAUAUAGCACAUCCGUGUCUGCAUGCACGUUUUAUUUUGUAUUUUUUUAACGCGGCUGAUUUAUAGCUGUCUGGUUUCUUAUAUGGGAAAGUCGCUCCCUGCAAACAGCUGCCCUAAAACUGAAUUUUUACACCAGUUUGUGUUUCAUCUCGAGGGCUGAAGUGAUGAAUAUUUUCAUUUUUAAGGUCACUCACCAACUGGUUGCAUGUAAAUUAAGUUAUUCGCUGCCUACUAAGCUCAUUAUUUCUCAUCUCUAAUGUUUAUAUACAUGUACAUAUUAGGAUUAGUGUAGGAUUAGCUGUUCUCUCAGUUUGAUUUAUAGGUUGGUGUAGAGUUUGUUCUGGACUCCCCUACUGAAUAGCUGGUGCCUUACAUGGGCUGAGCAAUGCACAGAAACUUUUUUUAAAAAAAUGACAAUUACGGAAAGCAUAAAGGUUAUAACUAUGAUUAAAGAGGAGGACUAUGGCUGGUCCUUUAAUAUGUAUUCCAUCUUCAUAUUUAAGAUUUGCUGAAUAACGGACAAAAGGUUGAUUGUCAUGCCUUAUAUGCUUUGAAAGGACGCGUAACAAGUUGGUUACUGAGUAAAAUUGUAGUAAACAAAGUUUCACUGGGAAUUUAGGCAAGCCAGAUUCAUAGAAAAUAUUAUUGUCCUGUAAAUAAGCUGGCUUUUUUAAUUAUUAUUAUUGAGGGAAAAAAAUCAUAUAUUUUGUAUGAGGUCUGUAAUUUUCACAGAGUAUUAGUUUAUCUUACGAGCGUCCGAGGGGCUCUUGUCUCAUGACAACGUAGACGGCGAUCCUGUUUUCACUGCAUUUUUAUAUUUGUUCUCGAGAGUUUGUGACCAAUUAAUUUGUAUGUUGUUCUUCGAGUGAUUGAUGUCUCACAGGAAUCAGGAGGUGAAUGUGUGGUAGAUUGUAUUUUGUUCCUUUAGUUUGCAAUAAAACACCACCAUUAUUGCACUCCA